GUCACUUGGCAUUCGUCUGGUCUGCAGAAACGAGAGUCCAGCAAGGCUUACGGUGGGACUUCGACGAGGCCUUUUUUGCGCCAUUCGGACCUCAAAUGGAUGCCAUCCUGGAGGUGGUGCGACAACGCGACCAAGUGGUCUAUGGAAGUGUGAUGUUCAACUUCAGGUUCUUGGACCUUGGUUUCUGCUUCACGGCUUGCUUCGUCUGCGGCUGGUUCGGGCAAGCCUUACGCAACCUUGUUGCCCAGGCCACCGAAACAGCAG